AUUUGUCUGUGCCUAAUGUCCUGGUCAUGUUUUAUUUCUGAACAGGAAGGAGCGACAAAGGAAGAGAUCGACCAUUUGCCAAAGUACAAGUUCCGCACAAUAUCUGAUUUUGAGAAAGUUAAUGGUGAGAUCCAAGAAUCUUUUGGAGGAAUAAUGACCGAAUGUGAUACUAAUACACCCACUGAACAUGUUCUCUCCCAAGAGGAUGCUGAAUGUUGCAUCUGCCUUUGUGCCUAUGAUGAUGGAACUGAACUGCGUGAACUUCCUUGCCAUCACCAUUUCCACUGCACCUGCAUAGACAAAUGGCUACAGAUCAAUGCCACCUGUCCACUCUGCAAGUUCAACAUUUUGAAGUCUGUCAGCCAAAGUGGCAGUGAAGAGGUAUAAAACGCAAGUUGUGUGUAACAGUUGUGACCAAAUUAUAUGUCCUGCUCCUAUGUACAUAUAGUGUACACCACGAAGAUUUCUCCAGCUGCUGGGUUCCAUUCCACGAGAGUCCAGAUGCGGCUUCAUGGUCGGCUUUGUUGAUGCUUCAUCUUUACUGCCUAGAGUGUUAGCAUGUAUUCCGACAACAAAAAAGUGUUAGCAUGUGUUCCGACAAAAACAAAAGGGUGUUAGCAUGUAUAUUGAGUUCUUUAUGUUGAAGGCAUUUAUGUAAUAUCUAAUAAAGAAAAGUUUUUAAUGUAA